UCUCCAGCUGCCAGCAUGAUGAAGGACUGCCUGCAGUUCCUUAUCGAGCCGGCCAAAAAGCUCAAGAUCCGACUCAAGGAGUCUCGUAAGCGAGUGAAGCUCGAAAAGAAGGAGUCGCUGGUGGAAAGUCAAUUAUUUAUUAUGGAAUUGGCUCGAGAACUCAACAAAAUUUGCCAGAGGUCAAGCAUCCUCGGCCAUAUCUGGACCAGCGAGGACAUCUGGCCGGCCAGCGUGUGUCGCGACUUUAUCGUGGAGUGGGCCGCCAUACUGGAGACGAAAGUGCAACCGAAAAUCACGUCUGACUACCAGUGUGAGAAGCGGGAGAAGAAGGACUGGAAGGGUCAUCUCCUCUGCAUCCUGGAGGCAGGGGGGGAGGGCGACAUGGGGCCCCACAAAAGGGUCAUCUUGGACUGGACGCGGAAGAUUAAAAGCGGGCUUCAGCCCACCGUCUGGCCCGGCGAGCCCGUGCUCAUGAUGCUCGACGACCUGGAGUUCCAGUGGAAGAGGGGCCGUCUGCCCAACCUGCUCCCAGCCGUGGAGCUCGUCAUACUGGUCGUGCUGAACGCCGACAACCCCAUCAAGGAGGACGUGACUAAGCAGUGGCUGGUGAGAAAGCAGAAGAGCCAGAGUAUUGACGCUGUCCGAUACAUCCCCCACAGUGUGUGGAAUUGGAUUUGUGAAGCAGCAGAGGACGUCACCCUGGACUCCACCUCAGCCAACCCAGACCUGCUCAUCUCCAAUGAUGAAAAGCGCAUGCGGUGCGGCCUGGAGCGUCACAGUGUCCCCCAGUGCCAACAGCGUUUUGACGGAUGGUGGUGCGCAGUGGGCAAGGAGGGCUACGUCUCCGGGCGCCACUACUGGGAGGUGGAGGUGGGCGAGCGGGAUUGGCGGCUGGGUUUGGCCAAGUCGUCUGCUGUGAGGAAAGGCUUCCGCUCACUCAACACGGAUACAGGCUACCUGACCCUCCGUCUGGAGAGGGGCACGGAUCUGAAGGCUCUGACAGUACCCGCCACCCAGCUGCCAAGCUGCUUGGUGCCCAGGAAAGUUGGGGUGUACCUGGACUACGAGCAGGGCCAGCUGUCCUUUUACGACGUGGAGAAGCGUUCCCACCUAUACACCUACAACGAGAACUUCACAGAGGAACUGUACCCCAUGUUCGGGACUGUGGAGGUGGUCAAAGAUCUGAUGAUCAGGCCCCCAGAUGUCAGACAGCCGUGCCUCUGCCCCGGGCCCUGCCUCUGGAACUAAACUGCUUAACACACGUCACUCUACAGUGCAGUCGUGAUCCUCAGCAACCCACUGAGUCUGUGCUUUUAUUCUGGUCCUGUAAUAUUUGAAUUGUUGGUUCUGGGCUAGAAGUCUGACUCAGCCUGCGGGUGGCCUUGUGAGAUCAGGAACAAG